GGUCAAUAUGGGCGGACUUACAAGACGCAGACGACUGCUUGUUUUGGGGUGCUCAUUGUGUUUGUGGGGUUUGUGGUGUGGUUGUGAGGUGUGAGGUGGGAGGUGGGAGGUGGUAAAUUGGGAUGGGUUGGAGGAAGUGUUGCUGCCGGCCAGCUCAGCUCAGCUAUGACUCGAUCCCGUGGCGUGGCGUGGCGGUUGCCGCGCUGCGUUGGGCUUGGCGGGGUAAUUGCUGGCCUGCCUGUCUGCCUGACGUUUACCCCGGUCUAUGCCUCAGGCUGCCACGGCUGCAGGUGGGGUCGAGGGGUCGAGGGGCUAGGCUAUGGCCAUGCCAUGCCAUGAUGCAGGGAUGCUAUCAUGGUGACUCAGGAUCUAGAUUUUGCACGCAGGGUGUGGACUAGUGCUUGCUUGGGUUUGUUUUGCUUUACUUGUUCCGGGGUUGGUUGGGUGCGCUAGUCAAGUCUGAGUAGUUUAAGGCUCGCUGGUGUUUGGUGUGGGGUUGACGGUGCUGUUUGAGUGGCGAGAUAGUCCGAUUUACUGUAUGAAGUGGAUGCAUCAGAAAGGACGUUCGAGGACUGAGAUGGAGUAGUUAG